AUGGGAUUCCGAAAGUCCACAAAGAAUUUAAACGCAGACGGGGAACCAAUAAAAAUAAUCGAGCCACAGUCGGAUCACACAUUUAAACUGAAUUCCAACGCACUGAAAGACAUUUUGCUAUCAGAUGAGCUGAAACAUAAGAAAGUGGUGGUCAUCUCAAUUACAGGAGCAUUCAGAACCGGAAAAUCACGACGCUCGUCCACCAUUGCCCCCGAGGGGGAGUUCCAGUUCGACUCAGACUGGUUGGAUGCCCUGAGGACCCACAUGGAGAAGGGACAGGGAUUCGAGUGGAGUCACGGAGACAAGCGAACUACAGAUGGGGUGGUGAUGUGGAGCAAACCUUUCAUGGUCAGGACCAAGAGCGAAGAGGUCGCACUCAUUCUCAUGGACACGCAAGGUAGUUUUGACGACACUCAGACUACGAAUGACUGUGCGAUCAUUUUCGCACUGGCCACUCUGGUCAGUUCCUGCCAAGUGUACAACAUCAGUCACACAAUCAGAGAAGACGACAUCUCAAACCUACUCUACUUCACACAAGUAAGCAAAGAGAAAAAACAUGUUUUGUUUGAGUAUGGCAAAAUGGCGAAAGAAGACGAGAAACAAAUAGCCGAUAAGCACAAACCAUUCCAACGACUGCUGUUUCUAAUCCGUGACUGGAAAUCACCUUCUAGUCACCCUUUCGGCCAAGAGGGUGGGAGAGAGAAACUAGCUGCCGCCCUCAAGGUCACAGCGAAGAGCAACGAUGAAGUAGUUUAUUCACGAGAGCGACUCAAUAGAUUCUUUCAGGACAUCGAGUGUUUCCUGUUACCUCAUCCGGGGCUAAAAGUUGCCACAGGAAAGUGACCAGGAUUAAAAAGACCAAAUCUCACCAGUACCAAAAAAAGGGUUAUGAAAUUGACGAUAAAUUUUUCAUUUUUCAUGGUAGUGACUUAAAUCUUAUUAUGCCUGUAAUUCGGUAAAUUUUGAAAAUACUCAUUUAUACUUGAGCCGAUUGCUUUUUUCUGAAUUUCAUACAGGCAUCUAGUUAUAGGAUCAUCAGGAUAAAAAUAAAUCCUCGUCACGGAAACAGGAGCCAAAUUUACGGGUAAUACCGACGAAAUCGAGGAAAACUUCCUGCACCACUUACAAAACCUAAUUCGACUCCUAUUAGACGACGAACAUCUUCAACCGAAACAACUAGCGGGCAAAGACUUGACAUGCGGCGAACUUUACACUUGUAUUGAAUCCUACAUGAAGGUUAUUUCUUCCGGGAAAUUACCAACUUUGAAAAACUGUUUCUUGGCAACAGCAGAAGCCACUCAUUUAAACGCGUUAACCGAAGCCCUGGAUUAUUAUCACAAAUCAAUGCAGAAUGUUUGCGGUGGUUCGAAAUCUUACGUCAACGAAAAGCAACUCGAAAAAGUACACGAGCAAGUUUCGAAAGCUGCCGAUAACCAAUUCUUAGCCACUAAACGAGUCGGUGGGAGUGUUUUUGAGAAAAAUUACCGAAACAAACUUCAGGAAAAAAUGAAAGACGCUGGGAAAGAGU